GGCAAGCCAAGAGGAACAUUCUGAUGCAGACGGGUUUCGAAUUGGAGGGUGCGGAGUACAUCCUUGCAUGGCGAUAGUUUGAGGACUUCCACAUGCAGCAGGGCAGGUUUGGCGAUUGGGGCGGGGCGGAGGGGCGUGCUCGUGGGCGUGCGUGCAGCGGCGACGCCGAGGCGAUUGAGUGCGCGUCUUGGUGGUCUCAGUUCGGGGAUGGCGCGCCAGAGUUGCAGCAGUGCUCUCUUCGGGUGAUGCACAUGUGGUAUUGCGCCUCUCCGGCGGAGAGGAACUGCGCAGUCCACGAGGGCAUCCACACGAAGAAGCGCAACCAGUUGGCCUUCGAGAAGUUCGUGCAACUCGUUGAGAUCACUGCAAAUGUGCAGUUGACAGAGUAUCGGCGGGCUGGAUGCGGUUAUGUGCUGCCAUGGCAGCGGGACGAGGGCAUGCUCGAUUGCCAGGCAGGACUCGAGGUGGAGCCUAGGCGGGGCGAUCCGCCAACUGAGGUUACGAUCACCUUCCCCGGGGAUCUUGUAGGAGGAGGGGAAGGUGGCAGCAGCACCAGCAGCACCAACGGCGGUGGAGGAGAUAGCAGCAGCAGCAGCAAUAUAGGAGGGAGAGGUGGCAGCAGCAAUGGAGGAGGAGAUAGCACCAGCAGCGGCAGUGGAGGAGAUAACGGCAGUGGUGGUGGAGGAGAUGGUAGCGACAGUAGCAGCAACAACAGUGGAGGGGGAGGUGGCAGCAGCAGUGGAGGAGGAGGAGGCACCGUCAGCAGCUGCAGUGGAGGGGAGGUGGCAGUCCACGAGGAGGCGAUAGCCGCAGUGAUGGAGGUGCCGGAUGUUGCCAUGCAACGUGACGGUGCGGACAACGCUGGGGGCGGUGACGGGCGCCUCAUGCAGCACUUCCUCACGGAGGAGCUCGAUCCGGUCAUGGCGGGUGUGAACCCCAGUGUGGCGAGGGGGUUGGGGAUAUCGGAUUCAAAGAUGGGGAUCCGCUUCGACUUUGAUUUGUCGAUGGGCCCCAUCGACGGAUCGGGCUCCCUCGAGGGGCGACGCGACAGGCGAGACUUUGACGCAGACCCCGAGAGAGAGGACGACGCCUGAGCCUCCAACUGCAACACGCGACAUCAUGGAGCGAGACAGGGCUCGGUUGAUGGCAUCCAACGACCCGCG